CCAGAUUCUGCCGAAACUCAGCAAUUUGUCAAUGAGGAAAAUAAAAUAAGUCAGCCUUUUUUGGACUGCGACGAAAGGAAAAGCAUUUAUGAGAAGUUACUAAAACUAUGGAAUUAUGAGAAAUACGGAUGUCCGAUGAAGCAUGGAAAUUAUUAUUACUUUAAUAAGAAUAGCGGAUUGCAAAACCAAAGCGUUUUAUAUCAACAAAAAACUCUAUCAGAUGAGCCGUCAGUUUUUCUUGAUCCAAAUGCUCUUUCAGAAGAUGGUACCAUAGCAUUAUCACAAAUAUCGUUUUCCGAAAAUGGAAAAUAUAUGGCAUACGGGCUAAGUGAGAGCGGAUCCGAUUGGGUGAAGAUUCACGUCCGCGACGUUGAAAAAGGCAAAGAUGUGGAUGAGGUCUUGGAAAAAGUUAAAUUCUCUGAUAUAUCUUGGACAAAGGAUAAUAAAGGCUUCUUUUAUGGUUGCUACCUAGAUCAAGAGGGAAAAACCGAUGGGUCUGAAACAAAACAAAACGAGAAUCAGAAACUGUAUUACCAUUACGUUGGCAAAUCACAAAAGGAGGAUAUUUUAAUUGCUGAAUUUCCUGACGAACCAACUUGGCGCAUCCAAUCGGAAGUAUCCGACUGCGGUAAAUAUCUAAUAAUACCGAUUGUAAAAGAUUGCCGCGACAAUAUUUUGUAUUAUUCCGAACUGGAUACAACAAGUACGAUGCCUUCCAAACUAAAAAUGCAUAAAAUUAUUGAAAAAUUUGAAGCAGACUACGAUUAUAUAACAAAUAUUGGAUCCAAAGUGUACUUACGUACAAAUAAAAAUGCACCAAAUUAUCGAGUCAUUGUUAUUGAUUUUGAAAACCCUUCUGAAAGUAAUUGGAUAACUUUGAUACCGGAGCAUGAAAAAGACGUUUUAGAUUGGGUUAAAUGUGUGGAUGAUGAUAAACUUGUCCUUUGUUACAUUCAAGAUGUGAAGAGCGCCCUUCAAGUGAACGCGCUAAGUGAUGGAAAGUCAAUUGGCAAAUUUAAUUUGGAUAUUGGAACAAUUGUUUCAUUAUCAGGCAAAAAAGAAUAUUCGGAGGUGUUUUUCAAUUUCUCUUCGUUUCUAAAUCCUGGAACCAUUUAUCAUUAUGACUUCAGAAGCAAAGAUUUUCAACCAAAAAUACAUCGAGAAAUAAAAUUGAAUUUGCAAGAUUUUAAGCCAACAAAUUAUGAUGUUAAGCAAAUAUUUUAUAACAGCAAGGACGGUACAAAAAUACCAAUGUUUAUAGUACAAAAACAAGCUGAUGUAGUGAAGCCGCGUCCAUGUUUACUUUAUGGUUAUGGCGGUUUUAAUAUCAGCAUACAACCUACGUUUAGUUUAACAGGCUUGCUAUUCAUGGAAACGUUUAACGGUAUUAUAGCUUAUCCAAAUCUACGUGGCGGUGGGGAAUAUGGUGAAAAAUGGCAUAAUAGCGGACGUCUAUUAAAUAAACAAAACGUUUUUGACGAUUUCCAUGCUGCCGCAGAAUAUUUAAUUAACAAUAACUACACUUCCAAAGAUCGCUUGGUUAUUCAGGGUGGAUCGAAUGGUGGACUGCUGGUGUGCGCUUGUAUAAAUCAAAGGCCAGAUUUAUUUGGCGCAGCUGUAGCUCAAGUCGGAGUUUUAGACAUGUUACGUUUUCACAAGUUUACUAUUGGGCAUGCUUGGUGUUCAGAUUACGGAAACCCAAAUGAAGAGGAGCAUUUUAAAAAUUUAUUAAAAUAUUCACCUCUUCACAAUGUUCGCACUCCUCAAACGCCUAAGGAGGAAUAUCCAUCAACGUUAAUUUUAACGGCCGAUCAUGACGAUCGCGUCAGUCCGUUGCACUCAUUGAAAUUCGCUGCCGCUCUACAAACUGCCGUUCGUAACUCGCCAUUUCAAAAUAAACCAAUAUUAUUACGUGUAUAUAGCAAAGCCGGACAUGGAGCUGGGAAGCCUACGUCCAAAAAAAUUGAAGAAGCAGCUGACGUGUUAACAUUUAUUUUAAAAACUCUUAACAUUGAUCAAUUCAAUAUUUAA